AGAGAGAGAGAGAGAGAGAGAGAGAGUAUUAACAAAUUUAACAAGGACAAAUGCGUCAAAAACUGGGUAACCGUACUUGCACUCUACUGCAGAAGUAGAAUCACUGGAAGCGUAAUUCCUGCAAAAAUAGCCGAUCAAAAUUCAAAAAUUGAAAAUUGCCAUUCCUACGAACAUAUUCCGAGCGCCACUGAAUUUCACUGCUUCCGAUCGAGAAAGCAAAACGAAAGAACUGUACAUUUUCGAGGACAAAUAUAUGUGAUGCAGUACUGAUUAUAUUUCUGCCCAUGGAGAUUGAUCUCGAAUUUUGUUCGGGGCAGGAACCCGGAAUAAACCCCGGUGUGGGCAUAAAUAAUGAUAUUGGGACUGUGAUGAAUUGUGGCAUGCCUCGAAAUGGUAUGGAAUUCGAGUCGAAGGAAACGGCGUAUUCUUUCUAUAACGAGUAUGCUCGGAAAAUAGGAUUUGGGAUCACAAUAAAAUCCAGCCGACGAUCGAAGAAAUCCGGCAAGUUCAUCGAUAUCAAAAUUGCUUGCUCUAGGUUUGGGAGCAACCGCCACUCCAACACGGCUAUUAGUCCAAAAUCAUGCCCCAAAACGGACUGCAAAGCAAGCAUGCACAUCAAGAAAAUACCCGAUGGCAAGUGGUAUAUAUGCAAUUUUGUUCAGGAGCACAAUCACGAAAUUCGCCCUGACGACAUCUAUAAUAAUUCUGUGAGGGGAAAAAAGAAUCGGAAUGAUAAUGCUUUGUGCCGAAAGAAAGGGCUGCAGUUGGCUUUGGAUGAGAGGGAUGUUCAAUUAUUGCUCGAUUAUUUCAUGUACAUGCAGGCCGAGGCUCCUGGAUUCUACUAUGUACUAGAUUUCGACAAAGAAGCAUGUAUGAGAAAUGUGUUUUGGGUCGAUCCAAAAGGUAGACAUGAUUAUGUACAUUUCAGUGACGUGGUCUUCUUUGAUACUCAUUACAUUAAAAGCAAGUAUGGCAUUCCUUUCGUACCUAUUAUUGGAGUGAAUCAUCAUUUUCAAUUUGUUUUGCUUGGUUGCGCCUUGAUUGGGGAUGAAUCACAGUCGACUUUUGUUUGGUUAAUGCGCACAUGGCUUAGGGCAGUUAGUGGCAACAGCCCCAAAGUGGUUAUAACUGAUAAUGACAAUUCACUUAUCGAAGCUGUGUCUGAGGUUUUUCCUAAUGCUUUCCAUUGUUUUAGCCCUGGGCAUGUGUUAAACGAAGUUGGUCCAACUUUAAGUCAUAAAUUGAGUGGGCUUGAAGUUUUCGUGCUGGAACUUAAAGAAUGCAUGUUUGGGUCCUGGUCGAAUGAAGAAUUUGAACACAGAUGGAAAAAUAUGGUCAAAGAAUUUGAUCUUGCAGAUGAUAAGUGGAUGCAAUCGAUGUACAAAGAUCGUAGGAAAUGGGUCCCGACUUACAUGAGGCAUGUUUUUCUUGGUGGAUUUUGUACGGUCGAGAGAUCACAAAGUGUAGCCUCUUUCUUCGACAAGUACUUGCAGAAAGAAACUAAAAUCGAGGAGUUCAUUGAUCGGUACACGUUAUUUUUGCACGAGAGGUGUGAAGAAGAAGCUAGGGCAGACAUCGAAACUCACCAUGCUCCACCAAUAUCAAUUUCUCGUUCACCUUUCGAGAAGCAAAUGUCUAGACUUUACACACAUGCAACAUUUAAAAAGUUUCAAAAUGAAGUUUGGGGAAUGGCUGCUUGUAGAGUUCGAAAGGAAGCCGAAGAUGAGAAAACCAUAACAUUUCGGGUGGAUGAUCUCGAAAGAAAGCAGAGCUUUGCUUUAUCAUGGGAUAAGGGGAAAUGUGACAUGUGCUGUUUAUGCCGUUUGUUUGAAUAUAACGGAUUUCUUUGUCGACAUGCUUUAUCAGUACUCGAACUAUUAGGCAUUUCCACUAUCCCAUCUGAUUAUAUACUGAAGCGGUGGACACGAAAAGCAAAGAUUAGAGAUACAACUAAUCCAGCAUUAAUUAAUACAAACUUCAGGGUACAGCGCCUCAAUUAUCUUUGCAAAGUUGCUAUGAAACUGAGUGAAGAAGGUUCUUCAUCGGGUGAAGCUUAUCAAGUUGCGUUCAAUGCUAUAGAAGAAGCAUUGAAGCAUUGCGUGGGCGUGAACAAUUCUGAGAAGAGUGUCCUGGAAACUGAUAGGACUGCUGCUCGAGGUCCUUACGGUAAAAUAAAGAAAGUUUCAAAGAAGCAGCAGGUGCGAUCCGAGGAUGAAACAUUAUCGUUUGGAAUUGAGGAAAGCAGCCAGAAUGUGGAGCAGUUGAACGAAAGAUCUCGCAGCUUUCACGAGUCCUACAUUUCUCAGCAGGACACGCAAGGGAUGGGGAAUUUGAAUCCGAAUACUCUAUCUUCCUUGCACGAUUGCUACUACAGUGACCAACCAAUUACUCAGGGUGUUCUGGGAAAUUUGAAUGCAGUUUCGGCACAUGUCAGCCAUCAUCAUACCACCGAGCACAAUCUGCAAGGAAUGUUGCAGGGACAAUUUAGUUUCGGAGCAUCGUCGGUGGAAGGCUGUUUUCAACUAACGGAUCGCUUACACAAUGAAACUUCUGUAAAUAGGACGUCAAAGCACUUGCAUGAUUAGCAUCUUGCUACUCUGGUUAUCUGCUCGUUUAAUCAAUAGAAAAUGUUGGUUUGGAGAACAACGAAGAGAGCAGAAUUUGUCGGAUCAAGAACAAUGCCAACAUAACAAAAUCGAUAAAUAGAAAAAGUUUAACGGGCCAUUGGUAGGAUUGGCAUAGACCGAGAUUUUUUCGUUUCGAAGUUACGAAAUAUUGAUUGUGUUUUCAACUUUUGAGCCAAAAGAAAAGGUACUGGGGAGUUAGGAAAAUAUCUUUUUCAAGGCAAUAAUGGAGGUACUUUUCUGCACGAUGAAGAUAAUGUUUGGGCACAAAUUUAUAUUUAAAGCCAAGAACUACUUAUCUUUAAGAGCUUAAUCAUUUAAAA